UUCAAACGAAUCAUAUCCCUUCAUUCUUAUUUCUCUCUCUCGUUUUUCCUCUGAUCCGAACAAGAAAACGGCGACCUCUGCUUCAAUCUUCUCAUUCAAACCAGAGAAUUUGAGAAAGAACGGGAAAAGUUCUGAAAAAUGAAUAAUUCCUGGUUUGACAAAGGCUUCAACGGGGUUGGGGUCAACGACGAUUUCUUUGAUGACGUAAUAAAGUAUUUGGAUAUACCAUUCGAAGACGCUGAAGUGGCUGAUUGUCACGGUAGUAGAGGAGAUGUAAAAAAAAUUCAUUUGCCUGUAGAAGAGAACAACGAAGGUGAUGAAGAGUGGGAUUGCAACUUCGAAAACUUAGAGCCUCCACCCGCCAAUGUUUUUGCCGGCUUGUCUUCUGGGUUUUAUGGUGAUUUCUUCGGUGAUAGUUUGGAGAAAAGCCAUACAAUUUCAUGUGAUGGAUCUACUCAGUUAAACCAACAGUUGAGCACUACCAAAGCAGCCUCCAGCACCAGCAGAAGCAUUACCUUGCACAGCGAGUCUACUGAUGUGAAAGGUUCAACCUGGUUCCAGACUUCCAGUCCAGUAUCCGUGCUUGAAAGCAGCAACUCUUGCCCAGGUACAAAUCCCACACCUAUUAACCCUAAACUAGGUUUCCCGGUGAAACGAGGUCGAAGCAAAAGCAAGUGCAGACGAGCCUCUAUCCUUAACCUGCAGUUCACGUUUCGUUCCGCUUCCUCUACCUCCAGGGGAUCUGAUUAUCUGGCUGGUUCUGAAUCAGAAUCAGAAAGCCAUCAUACGGAGAAACCUGCCAAAAAGAGACAGAAGAAGAAGAAGAAGAACCUGGCAUUGCUUUCAGUUUCCAGUGAGAUCAAGAAAUCCUCCUCGCAACAGCCUACUGUUGUUAUGGCAUGUAUGCACUGUGAAGUUACAGAAACACCGCAAUGGAGAGAAGGGCCAAUGGGACCAAAGACCCUUUGCAAUGCAUGUGGGGUUCGCUACAGAUCCGGACGUCUCUUUCCGGAGUAUCGUCCUGCUGCAAGUCCGACAUUCGUUCCGUCGAUGCAUUCAAACUCUCAUAAGAAGGUGGUAGAAAUGAGAAAAAGGGCCAAGCAGCCGUUGUCAAACCCUUCCCGCGAACGCCAUUCCGAUAGCAGUAGACGCAUUGAUAACUAUUAGUGGAGAACAGUGAGCUUCUCCAUUGUUGUGUUAUACUUGCAUUUAUUUACUUGUUUCUCAGUGUGUACAUCGAUGGAACAAGUAGGAGGUUAGAUAAUUGAGACAUGUUUGGCAGACAGGAAAUAUCUAAGUGAAGUAGAAGAGAAAAUGAAGGCUUCAUUUUUCAGAUUUUAGGUUUAACAAAUUUCCAGUUUGA